UUACAGAAACCCUUGAAACCCUCAUCAGGCAAGCAGAAAAUUAUACCAGCAUCCUUUUUUGCAACACCUACAGGAACAUGGCCUUGGAGGCUGCUGCUUCAGUUCAAGAGUUCUUCACUGACGUAGGGCUCUAUUUAUUUGGUGCGGAUGUCAACCCUGAAGAAUUUGUGAACAGAUUCUUUGACAGUCUUUUCCCUCUAGUCUACGAUCAUCUCAUCAACCCUGGCAUGGCCGACAGUUCCCUGGAAUACUCGGAAUGCAUCCGGGUGGCUCGGCGGGACAUUAGUCCAUUUGGUAACAUCCCCAAAAGAGUAAUGGGGCAGAUGGGGCGGUCGCUGCUGCCCAGCCGCACAUUUCUGCAGGCACUGAAUCUGGGCAUUGAAGUCAUCAAUACCACAGACCAUCUGCACUUCUCCAAAGAAUGCAGCAGAGCCCUCCUGCGGAUGCGGUACUGCCCGCACUGCCAGGGCCUGACACUCAGCAAGCCUUGUAUGGGCUACUGCCUCAACGUCAUGAGAGGCUGCUUGGCACACAUGGCAGAGCUUAACCCACACUGGCAUGCAUACAUUCGGUCAUUGGAAGAGCUGUCGGAUGCCAUGCACGGGACGUAUGAUCUUGAACACGUGCUCCUGAACUUCCACCUGCUUGUUAAUGAUGCUGUGAUGCAGGCUCACCUUGAUGGACCAAAAUUAUUGGAACAGGUAAAUAAGAUUUGUGGCCGUCCAAUCAGAACACCCACACAAAGCCCCCGUUGUUCUUUUGAUGAGAGCAAAGAGAAGCAUGGAAUGAAGAUCUCGGCAAGAAACGAAGAAGAGACACUUGCCAACAGAAGAAAAGAAUUUAUCAACAACCUUCGACUGCACAGGACAUUUUAUGGGAUCCUGGCUGAUCAGCUUUGUGUUAAUGACUUAGCCGCUGCUGACGGACUGCCAUGCUGGAAUGGAGAAGAUAUAGUAAAAAGCUAUGCUCAGCGUGUGGUUGGAAAUGGAAUCAAAACCCAAUCUGGAAACCCUGAAGUCAAAGUCAAAGGGACUGAUCCUGUGAUAAAUCAGAUUAUUGAUAAACUGAAGCAUGUUAUUCAGUUGUUACAGGGUAGGUCACCCAAGCCCGACAAGUGGGAACUUCACAUGGGCAGUGGUGGUGGCAUGGCGGAACAGGUCAGCGGGGACUGUGAUGAUGAAGAUGGUUGUGGGGCAUCAGGAAGUGGAGAAGUCAAGAGGACACUAAAAGUCACAGACUGGAUGCCAGAUGAGAUGAACCUCAGUGAUGUAAAGCAAAUCCAUCAAACAGACGGUCAUAGUACUAUAGACACAACUGGAUCAGGAUGUACAACAGCAACUGAGUCAAUGACAUUCACCCUGAUGGGUGCAGUGAUGUUACUCCUAGGCUUUGGUAACUGAACUCUUCUGUCCUGAUCAUAUAUGUCUUAUUGGAGUCUCAUUUCUCCCCUCCCUUCAUUUAAUUGGAAUAAGAGGUCUUUUUUAAUGUAACAGUCAUAUUUAUGAAAAGGUAUGUAACACUAACCUCUUAGAAGCCAAGUUGGAAUGUUCACAAAGUAUCUAAAAAUCAACGUUUAAAUGAUAGACUGUCUGAAAAUGCCUCCUUUGAAUCUAAAUUAAACCUUCUUCAAUUCUAUUAUAUUAAACCUGCAAAUGUGAAGAAUAUAGCAGUGUAUUCAAUUAAGAAGGAUUUGGUGUAUCUAUAAUUUUAUUAUCCUUGAUUCCAAACUCCUUUCUUUAAAAGAAAAAAAGUAGUUUGAUUUGACAGUGUAUUUGCAAAACAAUGAAAACAGUACAGAGUGUUUCUUAAAAUACUGGCUAGAAUUCCAUUAAAUGAGUCAAAAUAAACAAUGGCAAGUAGUAUGCAUGAGUUUUCAAGAAAUUCUUCCAUUUUUGCAAGCUAUCGGAAGAAAUUACUGAAAGCCUGUACAUCAUAAAGUAGAUUGCUGAGAAACAUUCUAUGUAAUUUCAUUAAAGAAGCUUGGUAAUUUUUAUCCAUUGUAACUUAGCCACUGACAAACCUCAAAGCUAAGGUAUUUUGGUAGCAUCUGAUCUGUAUUCCAUUAUAUCCAAAAUGCAAUCUUUGGUAUCGUGGGUCUGUCCUGGACUCUCUCUUUGCCUAAUGCAUUUAGCUAUGUUGCAAAGUACAUGCCUGCUCUAAGAAUAUCUCUAAUAAAGCCGCUAAUUAUUUGGUGGAAAACUUUAAAGAAUAUGGAUCAUUUUCUUCUGGCAAAAUAAUAUAUCCAUCCACUUUCAAAAUAUUAUUUGCUAUUUCUUUUUAAAUCUUGAUAUUGAACAGUUGACGCUAUACAUUUUUAAAGUUCCUAUGAAUCUCUAAAGACAUAUAUUGCACUAAUACAGAAAAUAUGGCAUGCAAUGCUUUAGCUCUUUUGCUAUUUGCAGAGCUGCUAAUCCACAGUGCCUGAGUCCUCAGCUGUGAUAAGAUACUUUACAGACACUGAUUAGUAUAUGUCUAUCAUUGCACUUAAGGAAGAGAUAAGUCAGCUUUUAUUAAGAAGUAUUACAUCCUGUGGACAGCCAGAUAAUAUCAUUAAUACAAAGUGACAGAAUAGAAAACAGAAGUGCUGAACCUAUAAAAUAAAAAAAAUCGCAAAAAGAUUUAAAAUGACCUCUGAGAAAGAGUUGAAGAGGACUCAAUUGACAGUCAAUAUUUGUAAGGUGAUAUCAAUCUCUCCAAAUCAUGAAAAGGUAUAUGAUUAAACCAUGUUCUCUAUUAGAGUCUCAAUUAACCAAAUGAUCUGACAAUGGUCGAUUUAAACUACAAUAUGUUCAAACCACCAAAUCAGAUUGUAUUAUCUGUUCAAACAUGCCUCAGAACUGGAAAUACCGUUCUAUCUGCUAAUUCUGGACAUAAUUUCCCUAGACUUCCAUUCUAGACCUUAAUAUUUAUUCCACGAUCUACUUGGUUUAUAACUCAUUUGCACCACCACACUCCACAAAUUAUAAACUUAAACAUGUAUUUUCUUUAAUUUUCAUUUCAACCUCAGCUCAUGAUUUAAAUAACUCUGAAACAAAUAAUAGUAAGUUUCCCACUUGUUGCACUCCAGCCCAAGUCAUGAUUGGUUUGCUCUGGCAAAACUUCUGACCCAACCUUAGAGGAAUUUGGAAGACAAACAAACUGAAAGGCAUGGUUAAGCAGUCUUAGAUGUUUCUGGAUAAAAUUAUUUGACAGCAGAAAAUUUUAGAUAUGUCAGGAAAUGGAUAAAAGCAGAGUAGUAACAAAGUUAAUACCGGUAGUAUGAAUGAAUUAUUAUUUUUUUACCAACUAAAUGUUACAUACUCAAAUGGGUGUUGUCCAGCUCCUGGCAGGCAAAUUGGAGACUAUAAAUAUAAAUGUUUUAUAUAUAUGUAUAUGCAUAUAUAUAA